CAACAGGCUCCCUCAUCCACUUCUCUUGCCUCCUCCUCCUUGGUGAACAAGGUGCGCCUCCAUCCCGCAGCCAUGUCGUGUUACGAUCUGUGCCGUCCCUGUGGGCCAACCCCACUUGCCAACAGCUGCAACGAGCCCUGUGUCCGGCAGUGCCAGGACUCCCGUGUGGUGAUUGAACCAUCUCCCGUGGUAGUGACCCUGCCUGGCCCCAUCCUCAGCUCCUUCCCCCAGAACACCGCUGUGGGAUCCACCACCUCAGCUGCCGUUGGCAGCAUACUGAGUGCUGAGGGAGUGCCCAUCUCCUCUGGAGGUUUUGGCCUCUCUGGCUUUGGUGGCCGCUACUAUGGCAGGAGGUGCCUGCCCUGCUAAAGCCCAUGAGGAAGUCCAGUGAGCACAUUGACCAGGAAGCUCGAAGCCAGUUGCCGAACUGAAGAUGGAGCUGCUGGCCAGAGUUUCUAGAUGGGCUGAGCACCCUCGUGGCCUCCUGCAGAGCAGAGAGGGAAGCCAGGGUGCCAGCCUGCGCUGUCUGGAAACAUGGCCAGCAGACAUCUUCUUCUUCUUCCACUUUCUUCUGUGCAUCAUGAGCCGUUGUUGUCUCCUGCUGUCCUAUGCCAUGGGUUCAUCUGGAAGCAAGUCAGAAGUGUCCUAUUUCUUCUGCCUCUCGCCAUGUGAGGGAGGAAGACAUGCAACCCAUUGUGUUGAAGGAGGGUCUGACUGGCAGCUGUCCUUGUGGCAGCAUGUACCGGAUUCUUUCCACCAUGUGCUGCUUUGAUUCCUUCUUCAGACUCAUUAAA